AUGGCGGCUGAAGCACAAUCGAACUCCACCGAUUGCAGCGAGGAAAACCCUUUCGAAAAGUACGGUUUUCCGGUUUAUGUGUCUGCAUUCCUCAGCAAAUCUGGUGUUGACGCUAACAACACAGCGGAAAUAAUCGAGAUCCUAACAACCCAUAACUUGGCGACGGCGGAGCAGCAAAAAGACAACACGACGACGCUUUUCUUUAAGCCAUUCGAAGAGUUGUCACCUUGGUUGUCACCGUUGAUUCAAGGAAACGAAGGGGCGGCAACAACUGCGCUGGGCUCGGAGGAGAAAUUCAAUCCUGUUCUCGAGGAGGCGAGUCCAAAUAUCGUGGAGUCUUGCGUGAAGCAUACCGGAUCCGAUCGUUUGGAUGAAUCACUCUGCGUUGUAGAAUCGAAGGGAACCAGGCGAACAUCCCUGAAUUCCGUCGUCUCGUCGUUGGUAGAGUAUUCACUCGCCAUUGAAGAAACUUCAGCUGCUACUGGUGUACCGAACGAAAACCCGGAAGAAAAUCUUGAAAAUCCCGUCACGUCAUCAGAUGUAGAGGAAAUUUUCAACGAUCAAGAUAAGGAAAACUCGUUGAAUGAAUCAAAUGAUGAAAUUUCGGACGAGCUCACUCCAAAGGCUCUACAAAACCUGUUGAAUAAAUCCAUCACCGGUCGAGAAUUACUUUCUUUGGGUGCUAAAGGUGCACUGUCAGAGUGUCGAAAGUUGGAAUUAGCUGGUUUUGUCGCCAACUGGCAUCUUUCCAAGAAGAAGAAAUUGUAUGCCCAUGACCUAGAUAAAUAUGCACGAUCAAUAACUCUUCUCUUCAAAGGAGAACGUAAGGACGAUUACUACCUACCGAAGGCUGGAGACAAAAAGAAUCCAGGGGGAAAAAUAUACAACAAAAUUAAUACAAUCAAAACCCAUCGCCGAAAGCGGAAACUGGACGACGAAAAACAAGAAAAGCUUAACAGUGGCAGUGGAAAUUAUUGCGAAAAAGGAAGUGUCGGUGUUGAUCAAAAAGCUGAGGAAGCUUAUAAUUGGCUACAGGAUAACGACGGGCCGUGGAGUACGGUACUCGAUUUGUGGAAAACCAGCUUUCCGAAGCGUAAGAUCUGGCUUGCUGAAACCAACAGUAAGAAAGCUUUACUUAAAGCUAAACUCUGGAAAUUCAUUUGCAGUGAACAUGGUUAUCAGUUGCUCGAAAUCGAUUAUCGAUUGAUGCAAGUUGCACCUAAUCUCAACAGCACAGAUUGCGAUAGUAAGUGGGAACAUGUUCUACGAGUUUCUGGGUCAUAUAUCGCGAAAAGAUCAUUAGACGAGCCUUCAUCGCAGUUAUUGGAUGUCCUUAAUAACACAAAUGAAUCGGAUGAUAUGCGAAUUUGUUCCCUUCUGCUCUUGCUUAACUGCAUACUAACACCCCAGAAAGUGUCUGCAAGUUUCCGACCAACCAUAAUAAAUGGUAAAGACGACACGAUUUUGUUUGCCGAUUCUGAUGAAACUGCAUCAGACAUUUUGUCGAACGUGUACAGCGGUUAUCGCGACCUGCAUCUAGAAACAGUGCCAAAACUUAUUUUCUUCGGUACACCAACUAGAUUGCUCGGUGUUUACAGAGUAUACUUCGAAGAAGUUGUGUACAAUUUACCAUCUGUUCGACGAGCUGUGGACGUUUACAUAAGACUAUGUACAGUUCUCGCGAUUAAGCAUUCUAAGAUCAGUAAAUUGGUUUGGAUUUUUGUAGCGCGCUACGUGUAUGGAUUGGUUGUGAAGGAACGUUAUGCAACGGUGGAGAAAUUCGAAGAAUACUUGAAAGCAACAUCGGCUUCCUCUUUGAAGGCGUAAAAUGUUUCACUGUUUCGUUGAACACUGUAAUAAGAAAUUCUCGUCGUCAUUACUGUAUGUACAUCACCUGGAGGCGGAUCAUGGAGUGCCAAAACAAUAUCGUUUUCCAUGUACGUUCCAGAAAUGUAUAUCAGUCUUUAACAACAUCUAUAGAUUCAAACGCCACUUAUCUAGUCACAAAUCAACGAACGUUCAACAGGAAGUUCAUCGUGAAGUAGUCCAUCACAAUGACAACGAUAAUCCUGAACCAUCGUCUUCGAGAAUAAAACCCAUGAAUAAAGAUCUAGACCUCACUCCGAAAUUCGAACAAACUUUGAAAAACAUUGAUACGGCAGCAAUUAACUUCACUCUCAGUUUGCAUAGC